AUCUCCAGUGCACAACUGGCAACAAGCUUCAACGACAUUCUUUAUGCUUCAAUUCGUACUGUAGCAAAGAUCUCAAAUGUGCCUGGUACUACUCAUGGCUUCAUCUUUUACGCCAACGAUACUCAAGAAGUCGAUUUUGCCUGGUUGACUUCUGAUGUCUCCAAGGCCUGGCUCACUAACGAGCAAGUCUCUUACGGGUCUCCUUACUCGACUUACAGUGUGGGAGCACCUGCAGAUGCAAGCUCUGCCUAUCACGAAUACAGACUUGAUUGGCUGCCCGGUGUUAGCAAGUUCUACAUUGAUGGAGCACUGGUGCAGACGAUCACAGAUAACUCUCCGAGUACACCAGGCGCCGCCAUCUGGAACAACUGGUCGAACGGAAAUGCCUGGGCCCAAGGACCCCCUUCCGCAGACAGUAUCCUGAGAAUUCGCAGCAUCGAUGCAUAC